CUGAAGAUGAGGCUUGCUGAAGUCCAGGCCUCGUCUUCUCUAAUGGCUUCCCAGAUUUGCUUCCCUCUCUGGACCCACAAUCUCUUGAAGCAUAACAAUGCUCCAACAUUCUCAUCUCCCAGAACCUUCUUCUCAAUUUCCUUGUCAUCAACUCAACAGCAACACCCAAAAAGCAUUUGUAAUGACCCUCACAAAGAUGCACUUGUCUCACAUUGUUUGAGCAGGAGGAAGCUCAGCCUCUCAAUUCUUGCAGUGUUUUGGUCUUCUGGGCUUUUGCCAAACAUGACAAAGGCCAUUUUGGCUGGCGAAUUGGAGCUUGAAAGGUAUACAGAUCCCACGGAGGGUUUCACUCUGCUCAGACCCUCUUCUUGGACAAAGGUUGAUAAAGCGGGGGCAAGUGUCCUGUUUGAGGAGGCAAAUAAGGGAAGUAACAGUGUAGGGGUUGUGGUAAACCCUGUUCGUCUUACAAGCCUCGGAGAGUUUGGGAGUCCUCAAUUUGUAGCUGAUAAGCUUAUAGAAGCCGAAAAGCGCAAGGAAAGUACAAAUGAUGCUGAGGUUAUUUCAGUUGCGGAGAGAUCGGGCCAGGGAGGCUUACAAGUGUACGAGUUUGAGUACAAGGUUGACAGCACAAGGGGAGGGAUGAAAAGGAUCUUUUCGGGUGCAUUUGUGGCGUCGAAGAAGCUCUACCUCCUAAAUAUUGCUUACUCAGACAAACCAGAGAAUCCUCUUGACAUCCACACAAGAAUGAUGUUGGAGCAAGUGCUUCAUUCCUUUGAUGUGGCUCCGGUGACAUAACAUUAGAGCUGAUUCUUAUGUUGACUUCUUUUUUAUGCCUUAGCAAGAGUCUUCAACAGCUAAGAAUGGAAGUGACCUAUGCUAGCUGAUGCAUUGUAAAUGGCAGAGAAUCAUUCUUUGAGGUUGAUCAAGAAUAGAAUCACCCUUUCAGGACAUGGAGAAGAGUGUGACGGUUUAUCACCAAAUCUCUUGAGUUUACAUUUUGUUGAUAUGAAUUUUGGCAAAUAGCCCUGAGUUGUAAAGAAAUACAGUUGUACUAUUUUUGUCUAGCGGUAAUUGUUUGACCAAGAUUUCUUCAGCAAAAUGCCUCAAGGGUUUUUUUGCUCAUUGUGUUAUGUUAUUUUAAGUUUAUGGACCGUAUUAAAAUUCUUUUCCC